ACGAAGGUCGGCCCGGGGAUCUCUGUACGUACGGCCUGGUGACCCUGAUUCAAACUAUAUAUACUGUCUCUUAUACACAUCUAGAUGUGUAUAAGAGACAGUUGUGGGAUGAGCAGUGAGCUGAAGAGGCGGCAGAAGGCAGAGCAGAAGGCGAAGGAGAAGGAAGAGAAAGAGAGGCUGAAGGCCGAGGCUGCGGCGGCAAAGGCGCAAGCUAAGGGGACAGUUGCUGCUGCUGCGGAGGAGGAAGAAGAGACAGAUCCAUGGAAAUAUUUGGAGAAUCGGCUGAAGUAUGUCGACAACUUGAAGAAGUCGGGAGCCAAUCCUUAUCCCCACAAGUUCCAGGUGACAGUUGACCUCCCCAGCUUCGUUACAAAAUAUGCCUCGCUUGGCAGUGGCGAACAUCUCAAGGAUGAUGCUGUUUCUGUUGCAGGAAGGAUAAUGAGGAAGGCAGCCUCCGGUGCCAAGCUGAUGUUUCUGGAUCUGGUCGCUGAUGGUGCAAAGAUCCAAGUGAUUGCGGAUGCAAGCAACUUUGGCCUUGAUGCAGAGGAGUUCAAGAAGAAGAUGGGGAACGUGAAGAGGGGCGACAUUGUGGGUUUCACAGGCUUCCCUGGGAAAAGCAGGAAGGGUGAGCUGAGUAUCUUCCCGUGCACAAUGAGUGUGCUGUCGCCAUGCCUGCGAAUGCUGCCAGUUGCUCGUAUGGGCCUCAAGGAUCAAGAAACAAGGUAUCGGCAGCGAUAUCUGGACUUGAUCAUGAAUCCAGAAGUGCGAGGCAUUUUCCUAACAAGGACAAAAGUCAUCCAGUACAUCAGACGUUUCCUUGAUGAAAGAAGUUUCAUCGAGGUUGAAACGCCAAUGAUGAACAUGAUCGCAGGAGGCGCAGCAGCUAAACCUUUUGUCACUCAUCACAACGAUCUAAACAUCGACCUCUACAUGCGGAUUGCUCCCGAGCUUUAUUUGAAAGAGCUCAUCGUCGGCGGCCUUGACCGAGUGUACGAAAUCGGAAGACAGUUCCGCAAUGAGGGAAUCGAUCUUACGCAUAAUCCGGAGUUCACGACCUGCGAAUUCUAUCAGGCGUAUGCGGACUACAAUGAUCUGAUGGAAAUGACAGAAACUCUGGUCUCAGGUAUGGUCAUGGCAAUAACAGGGUCCUACAAAAUGAAGUAUCAUGCAGAUGGUCCUGCAGCAGAUCCUAUUGAGAUCGACUUCACACCACCAUUCAGGAGAAUGUCAAUGAUUGCGGACCUUGAAAAAGCGGCUGGAUUUAAAGUGCCGGAGGAUCUGUCAGCAGAAGAUACCCGCAAGUUCUUGGAACAGAUGUGCGAUAAAUUCGGUGUGGAGUGCAAGCCGCCGAAGACAACAACUCGUCUGCUGGACAAGCUGGUGGGGCACUUCCUGGAGGAGCAAUGCGUGAACCCCACAUUCAUUUGCGACCACCCUCAGAUUAUGAGUCCGCUUGCGAAAUGGCACCGGUCACUUCCGGGUUUGACGGAGCGGUUUGAAUUGUUCAUCAACAAGCAUGAGGUUUGCAAUGCUUACACUGAGCUUAAUGAUCCCGCUGUUCAGCGCGAACGGUUCUUAGCGCAAGCAAAGGAUCGGGCAUCGGGCGAUGAUGAAUCGAUGGCGAUGGACGAAGGCUUCUGCACUGCGCUGGAGUACGGCCUUCCUCCCACCGGUGGAUGGGGAAUGGGCAUUGAUCGCAUGUGCAUGUUGCUGACAGAUUCGCAGAACAUUAAGGAAGUAUUGCUGUUUCCUGCGAUGAAGCCCGGUGAAACCCACCCUGCAACCAAGGUGGACGGGCCUCCAUCUUCAUAGGGUGGCGGCGGCAUUAGUUGCAUCCGGUACCCUUUCGCAACAUUUCUUGCAUGAGUUCACAGGUCUCUCAAGUUUGCCAGAGUCGGCGAGGUGCAGGUCUUCUUCUUGUAUUAAGUUGAGGCUUGUUUUUCCUUUUUGUCGCUGCUUGCCUAUCGGCAUCUGCGCCGGGUCACAUACCGGGACUGGGAAAUUGUCGUCCUCUUCGGGCAUCUUUCUGGAUGCGCUAAGUGCCUUGGACCUGAGGAGAUUGCCACAGUUUUGCAGGAAGCCACUGGGUUCGCUCAAUUUGAGGUAGAUAUUCUUCGUUGAGGCAAACAGACUCCUUUAUUAAGUUAAAACGACUGAUACGAGCCCUCUCAGCCGAAACUUUCGAUGUACCGGAGCGGAAGUGACCAGUUCGAUUUGUUCGGGUGCGGAAACGGUUAGGUUUGCCAAUUUAGGGUCUGUUGUACGGGUGGUUUAAGCUCGUACUGUUUUGAAUGCUAGAUUAGUUAUGGCCCUUAUGCACCCUUAUGCGCCCUUAAGGGCCUGUUCCCUCAGGCUUUCAGGUAAUGGGGGCAACUCCUUGGUUUUCAGGGAAGGGCCCUGGUGACUGCCAUGGGAAACCUUAACGGUAGGUUCGUGUCUCUUGCAUUGUGAGCUCGUCUGGCAUGCAAAUAAUGAGUUGGAUUGGGAGGCAAGAGAAAGCUGAGUGAGUGUCCAACUUGCAAGGAUAGGGACUUGGAGGCUACUAGCCCUGGGUAUGAUAGCCAAUCUCUGACAUGCGUCUCUUUUGAGCUCGGUCGUGGGUACCCUAUGGACUCCAGGCUGUGGCCACAAGCACCCUGUGUGUUGAGGGUAUUGCAUUGCGAGGUGGUUUUGUGUUUUUAGAGGUAUAAGAAAGAAAUUUGGCUCCAUUGAGGGAGAGCCGUGCCAGCAAAUGCUGUGCUGAAUCUGUUGAUCUCAAGCUGUUUGGAUGAGCACAGAGCGAUGGCACCAGAUUGUGGAGGGGGAGGGGGGGGGGAGGGGGGGGGAGAGAGAGAGAGAGAGAGAGAGAGAGAGAGAGAGAGAGAGAGAGAGAGAGAGAGAGAGAGAGAGAGAGAGAGAUUACCUGCCGAUUUUCCCUUUUUGCUCCAGCGUGGUUGUCAUGCAACACCAAGGAUGUGUUUUGGGCUGUUGAUCUUGCUAGUGAGGGGAACAUCUGGAUUUUGAUAGUCGAAGUCGGUGUUGAAAAGUGGUGGCGUGUUGGCCGGAUUCUGAUGAAACCUUUGACGUGGACUUUGAUGUUUACAUGUUUGGUUCUGCCUCGGAUAAUUUUGGUCUUAGCUAGCAGUCGCUGCAUUCACCAGCUCACCCGUCCCGGUGUAAUGAGUGGAGGGCCUGUUAGGUGUGCGUAGUUUGCGCCAUUUAGCAGCCAUCCAGGUAGAGAGAGAUCACCGACAACUAUUUCUCUUCCUUCGGAAUGUUGAAGGAUGUAUUUGGGCAUCGCUUUGCGUCCAAGUACUGCAGGGCAAGGAGUUUUGCAUGUAACAAAGACACAGGCAAGCU